ACAGUGAAAGUGAAACUUUAUCGACGUUAUGCUCGCUUAUUUCACAGCGCACAGUGCCUGCACUACAAACAAUAAAAUAAUAUUCAUGCGAAACCUACGAUAUACUAUGCAACCGUCAGAGAACACGUUGAUUGAGCUUAGUGUUGGUCGUCUAGCCUAGAACGUGAACGUAUCGCUCAGUUAUAGAAUUUUGUGAUAAACAAUACCCGUGCCGAUUAAUUGCAAAAUGACGUUGGGAAGUGCGUACAGUAAUAAGUUUUUGUCGGACGAGAAAAUAUUUCAGCAAAGCACACCAUUCCAUAGAAAUAUUUCGAGAUUGUAGGACUUAAGUUGAUUAGUAUGGAAAGACCUAAUAGAUCCCUGGCAUUUCAAGAAUUGUCUAAGGGUGAUAAACCACCUGACGUCGAUGAAAUUCCAAAUAAAAAAACACUUAAUAAGAAUGAGGAUAACAUUCAUAAACCAUCAGGAUCUAAUAAUUAUCAAGAAACAACUGUUCAUAACGAUUGGCGAGAGGGUUCUAGUGAGGAGACUUUUGAACGAGUUAUCGAAGAACGCGAUGUUUAUUCGAAAGAAGGCAUUUUAAAAGCAAAAAUAGUCGUGGUAGAAAAAAAAACUGUGCAUAAAAGCAUUAAAGUAAUUGAGGGCCCCGAACAUAAUAAAGUGACUAAACCUGCACUACAUGAAUUGGAAAGUUCAAGAAGCCGGUCUUCAUCUUAUGAUAGUUUGUCAUCUCCAACAAUUCGAAGAAAAGUGUUUACGGGCACCAAAUUACAAUUUGAUAAUCAUAUUGAAGAAAUCAAAAGUAAAUAGCAGUAAAGUUUCCAG